GUCAUUAAAACUAGCUGCACCUUUACCAGCUUUGAUAACACUUUAAUGCAUCAAUAAUUAUAAUCAAAACAUAUCAUAUAUUAUUCUAAAAUGGACCAAUCUGCAUAAUGGGCACUUUUACUGUUAGUACUUUGAGUAUAUUUUGAUGCUAAUACCUUUUUGUACUUUUACUUGAGUAACAUUUUGAAUGCAUGACUUUUACUUGUAACAGAGUAUUCCUACACUCUGGUACUUCUACUUUUACUCAAGUACAACAUCGGAGUACUUCUCCCACCUCUGGAAUACAUGUAUCAUGUUUAAUUUAAUGUAUUCCUUUUUGUAAUUAUGUUUAACCUAAUAACCAGUAGAGUAUGUUUGUAAGAUCCGAAGAUGAGGCAAAUAAAGUCUCAAUUGAAUGAGUUUUAUAUUUGAAACAUAUCAUUUUAUACAGAAAUGGUGUGCUUAAAUAGAUGGAUAUUAUGAUUAUAACAGUAAAAAUAGGGAUAUUCACUUACACUCGCGUUCCAAUAGGCCUACUUGUAUUCCAAUACUAUAAGGCAUGCCAUUUAAAGAACAUUAUGUAGUAGUGUAAAAUGCAUUGAGCCAAGAAUACCAACACCUUUUCAGUAUGCGGGCCAGCAUGCCUUUCUGGCUAUUCUUACGCACAUUCCUUUGCUCAGCACAUACAUGAGCAACAGGGGCAAAGUUCAAUGUUAGGUCAAAGUAGUAUGGCCCAGCUGCUUCUUAACUGUAAUUACAGUUUCUUUUUCUGAAAAUUAGAUAAAGAAGAAACAAUGGUAAUGGCACAAAACCACAUAGUACAAGAGUCCCAAAAUAGCUAGAGAAAGAGAGGGAGCUGUUUGGUCAGCGCAGAUCACUGCACAGCAAACUAAUGCUAUGUGACGUAGUUACGUACACGGUCAUUGAGGCUAUACGUCUGAGCGUCCCGGGACAAUCCCUCAGAUUAGAGCUCGACCGGCAGGACUUGUUUGACAGGCACCUGAUUCACUGAGAGUGAAAGCAGACAGAAAUAUCUAGAUUUAUAAUAUUGUUCCUCUUCAGAUUGUUCUUCCGUGUCUCCUUUAUAUAAGGAUAUGGUGGAUUUAUGGAUUUUACGCAUGCGUAAUUCGAGGACGCGCUACUUCAAAGACUUUCCAAGUGACCAACUGGAGCCAUGGCAGGUUUUACGCAUAUGAGUGUUUAUUUCUCAUUACUCAUUUGAGAAGCGGUAAUGUGUGAUAUUCCCGCAGCCAGUGGAGCCUUUUAAUCCCUCUCUAAUUAUUGCGCACAGAUGGAUAGCGUCGUGCCGGCCAGCAGACUGACAUCCGGCCGUGGUGAGACCAGUUUAACCGCUAUGCCUACGUUUUGAUGGCUGAAAAACCAUUUAAGGACCUUACAGCGUCAAUUUAGGAGCCACAGCGUCCCUUCAGUGGUGCCAAUAUGAGGAGGGUCGUGCUCAAAGAGGCCGCCAAAAGGUUUCCCUGGUUGGCCAAUGUCACUCUGUAUGGGUGCCUGUUCGCCGGCGGUGACCUGGUCCAUCAGCUCGUAGCUCAAGAGGAUAACAUUGACUGGAAACACACUCGCAACGUGGCUAUUGUAGCAAUCAGUUUCCAUGGGAACUUUAAUUACUUCUGGCUGCGAGCCCUGGAGAGACGGUUCCCCGGGAAGUCCGCCGGAAUGGUUUUACGCAAACUCCUGCUGGACCAGAGCUUCGCGUCGCCUUUGGCCACCAGUGCCUUCUACACAGGGGUGAGCAUCUUGGAGGGUAAGGAGGACAUCUUUGAAGACUGGAGAGACAAGUUCUUCAACACCUGGAAGACUGGACUCAUGUACUGGCCAUUCAUGCAGCUCCUGAACUUCGUCCUGAUGCCGCUGUACUUGCGGACGGCCUUCAUGGGCUGCUGCGCCUUCCUCUGGGCCAGCUUCCUGUGCUUCUCCCGGCAGAGCGGCGACGGCACUGCCAGCGUGGCUCUGGCCUUCAUCAUGGACCCUCACGAGACCCUGCAGGUGAUGCGCCAGGCCCGGGUGGCCAAGAAAAAGCAGAGUAUCCAGGAUGAAGACUAAAGGGAGAAGAAGGAGGAGGGGGAUGCUUCUUACCUACCUAUCUGAAAAGUGCAGAAUACUGGUUGGAAAAAACAUUAUCCGUCACAAACGUACACAACAACUGACUGUUAUGGACUUAAAAUCUGCAGAUAGAUUGAUCUUUUUUGUCUGAAUGUGGAAAUGUUGUCCUUUCAGGAUUUAGUGCAGUUUUUCUUGAUGGAGGACUGUGGCUGUUUUAUAUAAGAACUCAGCUAGCCCCUAAAAUCAGAUUUAAGGGCUCCAUUUGACUGCUUUAUCCUAGCUGUGCCUUCUCUCUCAGUGACACAACCUCAAGUGUGCAAGUUAACAGUGUUCGGCUGACUUGUGACAGUCAUUAUUUAAAAUCAAUACAAGGCAAUAUAAAAAAAGAUAUAUAUUUAUUUGAUAUUUUUGUGUGCAUUUUUAAAAUGGCAUUUACUUUGGGAUGCACUGAUGUAAGAAGGCAGUGAGUGAGUGAAAAGGUGUUGGUUUGUAAUGGGUCUUCCAAAUGUUUAUCUCAAUGAUCCUCAUAAUCAAAUAGUGGAAGGAAAUGGAAACAAGGAUCGUUUGCAUUUUCUUUGGCUGAUUUUAUUUUUGAUAUUCGUUUAAAGUUUCCAACUAUUUUUAAAGAAAACCUGGCUAUCGGUGUCCAUCCAAAUGUGCAGUAAAUCAGUCUCAAUAGAUUCAGAUACAAUCCUGAUAAAGGCUGAAUAUCUUUGCUAAAAAUAAGUGAGGAAAUGGUGAAUUUUCUUGGGACUAUUUUCAGCGGCGGAUGAAUCAACAUUUGGUGAUAUAGAUUUGUGGCAGCAGGAUGUGGUGUGUCGGGAUAAAUCAAGACUAACUACAGCAAGGAUUAUUGAUCUGUUCUUAAUUGAAUUUUAAUACAAUUUGAACUCUUUUUGAUGCAGAAGAAAAAUAUAUGAGACUUCCAUACGUAGAUUAAAGGUGUAAAUGGGUAUUUUUGAGGAAUUUGUCGAUAGGAUAUGAAUGCAUUAAGGCCUCGGGUUAUGUAUAAGUGCAUCCCACUUGUGUUGUGUCUCCUAGUUUAACUAUUUUAAUCCUGUCCUCUUACUUGAAACAACGCAGAUACCUUAUCAACACGUCACUUACCCAAACCACUCCCAUAUAACUCAAUCUUGUGUAGAUUGAAUCUGUCUUUUAGCAAAGCUGAAAAGCUGUGACUUUUAUCCAAAAGCAAAGUCAAAUUAAUAUAAGAUAUCAAUCGGAAAUCAUUUUUCUAAUACCAGAGUGUGUUAAUAACAUUUUAUGGAACAUUUGUACCUUUCAAAUACACUUAUAACAUAAUUAAACUGACUUUGAACGGUUUGGAGCCCUUAUAUACAUCAGCUUUGUAUAACAACAAAGACGUUUGGUUUUUUAAUGUGUGAAAAAACAAUACAACUGUUCAUUGUGUUGUUGGAGUCAGCCUCAGCCAGCGUUAACAUUUAAAAAGGCACACCUGUCAGCAUUCCACUUUUACAUGUCACACACACAGAAAUCAGUUGGAACGUAUACAGCAGAUAGAGCUAUGUAUUCUGACGAGUCACCGUGCACACACAUUCACACCCUCACUCUCUCAGCCAAUGUCCUUCAAGGAAGCUCAUUAAAGAGCUGAUGAACAGUUUUAGCAUUUCCUUAGAUUUAGUUAAUUGUCAUUGCAUUAAAACAAUCAUACAUAAUCUAGCCAAGGUAGGACACAUGUAACUACACUUGUUGGAAAAUAAGUAGAAGUAAUGAAAUACAAAAGUGUCAAAGAUGCAUAUCUGGAGGUCAAGCAGCAAUAUUUCAAUCACACAGUUUCCCCCCGACAUGAAGUGCGUUUCAAGAAAACAGAGUAUCUUUUGAAAUACAUCAGAGGAGGUUUUGCCUAUAGUCCAAUCAUCUCCCAGGUAAUAUUUUAUAGAGACAUAUCCUUGUGAGUAAAAAGUCAAAUGGAGUGUCAUUUACAAGGUUACUAGCAGAUAUUGGUUCAGUUGCUUGGGUCAUGUUUGGGAUGUUUAUUUAAUAUGCUCUAUCUAUAAGUCCACAUUUGAUUAUAAUAAAAAUAAAAAAUGACUUCUCCCGUA